AUGUCCGUCAACUCCGUCUUCGCCCCGCUCGCGGAUUCGGCGCGCGCGUCGACCGCGCUCGCGCUCGCGUCGCCCGAGGACGCGGACGCGAUCGUCGAUGCGAAUGAAUCGACCGACCGGGAUGUGGACCGAGCGAAGCGAGACGCGCGGCGCGAUCGCGGACGGGCGCUGUGGAGCAUGGUACAGGUGUACGCGAUGUUGCUCGUGGUCGCGCUGACGUACAACGCGGUGGCGGGGGCGUUCGCCGCGGGGCGAGAGAGGGGCGUGAGCCCGGAGCGCGCGACGUCGCUCGGCGGCGUCGAUCCGAGCGAGAUAUCGCGUUUUAACGGCAGUCGAAUGGGAGGUGGAUACGGAGAAGCCGUCGCGUCGAUGCAAAGGGCCAACGCGGCGAGUGCUCGCUGGACGCACGUGACGAGGUACGCGAUUCGCGGCUCGGCGAAUGUCGCGGCGGCGACCGGUUUGAGCGCGUUGAAGACCACGGUUGUGAUCGCGCGAGGGAGUGCGGUUUUGGUCGCGAGGCUCUUGGAAAGCGCUGGUGCGGGAAUCGUCGUCGAUGGAGUCGUUCUCUUAGCGUCGUCGUCGACGUCCGCGGCGCGGAACUUGUGGUGGUUGGCCACGUUCGCGGUGGCUCCGAUCUUCGAGCACUCGCUGAUUCCGUUGUGGGAUUUCACGCUUGAUGGACUUGAACCGCUUUACAACUACUUUUUCAUCGGAACGAUGGAAUUUUUCGAGGACAUGACGUUCAAUCUCGAGCAAAAUCUGGCCGGAGUGCUCGACGCGAGAACUCUUUCGUUCAUUCGGUGGCCGUUGCGCGUGUUCUUGAAUCCGUUCAAGUGGCCCGUGGGUUUCUACGAGGCCGUUCUUCGUCCUGUGUACGACUUUUGCGCCUAUCCGGAGUACUUUGACUCGCUUCCCAACCCAGUGGCGCCCGUGGUGAAGCGCACCUUUGGCGAGCGCUGCGUCGCAAGUGCCUGGGGAGAAUGGACGACAUGCAGCAGCGAGUGCGGCGCCGGUUUCAAGGUUCGCGUGAGUCACUGUGGUAAACGGCAGCACGCUCGAUGUGUUGGAAGCGGAUUCAUAGGUUGCGACGGUGUCUGCAACAGCGGUAUGCGUUCCGACUGCAACGGUGUGUGUGGCGGUAAGGCAAGUGUUGACAAGUGUGGAGUAUGUGGUGGUAACAACGUCGCCAUUGGUUGCGAUGGAAAAUGUUUCAGUGGCAUGCGAGAAGACGUGGUCGGCAGCUGUUGUCAUGCGACGACGAUAACCUCGAGUGGUAUAUGCGGUGAGACUGACAAUUUGCCGCCGCAUUUGAAGGCUGUUGCUACCGCAGCCCGCACAAAGCGUGCCAAUGUGGCGAAAAAAGUUCCCGUUUUGAGACGCAUCUCUUCGAUUUUCGCCAGUAUCGUGCGGUUAUUGCUGCGCGUGGUUACAGUGUGCGUUCUCGCGAUUGUAUUUACUCUUCGUUUGACGUUUUUGGCGGUGGCCUUUGUCGUUGGUAUGGUUUUCUCGACGUUUACUCUGAAAGCCAUCGGGACUCUCACCGCGGGCUACGCUGUGGUGGGAAUCGUUGAUAAAAAAGUACAGAAACGUCUCGGGGUGGCAAUCCGUCAAGCCGUACCUUUCUUGGAUGACAGCUUCGAAGAAGAACGCAGAUCUACUGCCGCUUUCCAAAACAGUGACGUACCUCGAACAACAACGGAACGCAUUGAGUUUUAUGUGCGCCAACUGAUUUUGAACCUCAAACAGGCGAAGGAUUUACCUGGUUCGUUCAUGCAUUACUUACACUGGCUGCGCACCAACUUGCAUGAAAUCGCUGGCGCAGUAGCCCCGAUCAUUCUCAAGUUUCUACGCGACGCCACGUACGAUGAGAUCAAGAGCGCUCGCACCGAGGCGCACAAGGAGGCUAUCGCGAAGCGGCGGAUUGAACGAGAGAAUGCUGAGCUCAAGCGACUCAUGGUAGAACAGGCACGCCUCGCGCCAAUGCAAGACGACGCUGCGGACAAUUCGCGAACAACCGCUUCACUGAGAGCGACCUUGGCCAAGGCAGAGGAGGAUCGUGCGGCUGCAACGCAAUGUGAAGAAGAGAAAUCCGAAGCGCUGAAAGUUCUUGUUGCUAGAGCGCUGAAAGAACAUGAUCCAGUGCAGAGCGCUGCUCUCGAAAAGGAAGUACAUCGAGCGAAAGUAGAGCGAGAUGAGGCUAAGGCAAAGUCUGCUCGCGCGGUGGAAGUCGUUCGGGCCCUGAAGAGACAGUUGAAAUCUGAAGACGACCGAUUGCAAGCAGAGGAAUUGGCACACAAGGCGAAGGCGUCCGAGGAGACUCAAGCGAAAGCGCUGAAAGAAACGGAAAAGGAAAUGAAGAGAUCAAAGGAGGAAGCACAGAAGACCGAAGUGGCUCGUCUCAAGGCUUUGCAAGCUGAAGAGGAGGCACGAAUGGCGAAAGCAGAAGAAGAGGCUCGUCUCAAGGCUUUGCAAGCUGAAGAGGAGGCGCGAAUGGCGAAAGCAGAAGAAGAGGCUCGUCUCAAGGCUUUGCAAGCUGAAGAGGAGGCGCGAAUGGCGAAAGCAGAAGAAGAGGCUCGUCUCAAGGCUUUGCAAGCUGAAGAGGAGGCACGAAUGGCGAAAGCAGAAGAAGAGGCUCGUCUCAAGGCUUUGCAAGCUGAAGAGGAGGCGCGAAUGGCGAAAGCAGAAGAAGAGGCUCGUCUCAAGGCUUUGCAAGCUGAAGAGGAGGCGCGAGCCGAAAACGAAGCUCGGCAGGCAGAGGAAGCAGAGGAGAACCGACAAAGGAUAUCGCGGGUGGAAGAAGAGGCCAGAAGGGCCGAGGAAGAGUCACGAGAAAAGGCGCGACAUGCUGAAGCAGAUGAGGCAACAAAAGAGCGCGACGCUCGUAUCUCGGCAGACGUAGAGCGGCUGUCAGAAGUGGCAGCCGUUGCACGCGCUCGCAUGAACGAUGCAAAUUCUGCGCUACGAGCAUUGAGCACAAAGAUCAGACAGUUUGAGAAAUCCCACAUGACGAAAUCAAACGCCCUUGGGAACGCAAGCGCAAUGGAAAGCGCGAGGCAACACUGUGUUCUCCUGGUCGAUUGUUUCUGCAAACAUAACGCCUAUGCGACUGCGGUGAUGAAUGUUGACUUGGCGGUAGAAUACCGAGAUUCCUGCUUGCAACGAGGCACGAUUGCGGUUUUGGAACGGCGCUUGCAGGAUGGAGCAAACUUGCCGGAGGAGUUUGUUGUUCGCUACCGCUUUUUGCUGAAGUACAGAGCUCGUCGCAACGCCGUCAUCAUGCUAUCAAAUAUAGCUUCGAAGCAUCCAGAUGGAGACACAAGACGGAGAAGUUACGCUGCUCUUAGUAGAAUAGUCAAAAAUUCACCCUUUGGACUGCUCGUUGCGGCGCGAACUGACGCACUUGAGCACGCUGUCCAGACGUUGAUGACUUGGGCCACUGGUAAACCGAGAGACAUCUUGCCGCCGUGGGAGGCUGCUGAACUCCUCCACAACUUGGUCUCAAACGAGGUGGCGAAGAGAUCCGAUAAUUUGAAGCGUCAAAUCGCCCUUCCAACUCUCGCGAGAUCUCUUUUGGCUAUCGCGAAAAUUGUUCCGAACUCGGUUGAAUAUCAGAGCACGGCGCUCGCCACGAUGUGGCAACUCCUGCGCGCAAUCGGGUACGACUCAACGGUACAGGAUGCACUCGUUGCCGAGGGCUUGGUUCGUCUGUUGCUAGAUGAUCGACAUUACGCCAAGAAGAAUUCGACCGUCGCGCGCAUGUUCGGCGGAUGCGCGCUCUCGCUUGCGAUGCACAAUACCGCGUCGCAGAAUGUGAUGGCUUCGAAACAGGUCAAGCUUCCCCGGCGCAUCGUCAAGGUAUUAAGUCUUCACGAAGAUAUCGAUUACCUCGGCGAAUUCGCGUCGCUCAACCCUUGGUUAAGCGGCGGCAUGUAA